GGAUUGGGAUGGCUGGAAGAACAGUUUGUUUAAUUAUUUUUGGCUUUUUUGAAUCUUUGUACCCUGGAAGCAGCCAAAGUAUAUGUGAACAACCAUCCAAGCCAGGCGAUGUACCAGUAUGUUGCCCGUUUUACUAUUAUAACGGAACUGAUUGUAUAGAAUGUCCACCUGGAUACUAUGGUGUGGAAUGCAAUGUCCCCUGCAAUUACCCAUCAUACGGUCCAAGAUGUAAUCCUAUUUGUAACUGUAGUAAAAAUGAUUGUGAUUAUGUACACGGAUGCUUGCUAAGUAGUACGAUCAUAAUUACAUCAGAGAAAGCCGCCAGUACUUUAUUACAAAUAAAUGAAUCCAAAGGUAACAUUAACACAACGAUUAAUGGUACAGGGAUGGUCAAUAAUGGAGAGAAGGUUUUUAAUCCUCUGGUGAGAGGACUUGUGGUUGCAGUUGGAGGAGCUUUGAUUUUGAUUAUGACUAUGAUUAACAUCAUCAACAUCUUUUCCUAUUGUAACAGAGAAGAGGAAACAGAUACUAACAAUAUCCCAAUUCUUUAAUUUUUUAUGACAGCCUCUGCGAUUAUACCAAUAUUAAUAGUAACUUAUUUAACCAUUUUCCUCCAAGAAAUUCAUG